AUGCGUACUGUCGGCUGCCAACAAUAUCGACUUUCGUUCGUGGGAGGAGCAUUGCAAGCACCGCGUUCUCAGUCGUGGGCAUUUCACUUGUCACAUCUGUACAAGGACUUCAAGAGUCAGCGCGGAUUGGCGAUUCAUGCGGAUCGGGUAAACAAGCCCAUCGAAUAUGUGACCUACUUUGUGUUGCCGACAGACCUUGAAGGCAGCAAAAACGGGCUCACAAUGCACUCGGAGAAGAACUGCAGGGGAGGAAUGGCCCACGGAGACUCGAUGCACCAGAACGGACCAUGCCAUGAGACCCGGAGCAGUCCAACAGUGGGUGAGGAUCUCAGAGCUAUGGACGACGAUGGUUUCCCCACCCAGGACAACAUCCAUGCCUCUCAGCGCUCAGUCCAGCCACCGACGAUCACGCAGAGAGAUAUGGGCGGCGACGGCUUUCCCACGCACCACAGAAGCAACAGCUAUUCCACUCAGGCCACUGGAAAGUUCCCCACGCAGAACUACAACCAGAAUAACCACCAUGGCUCUCGGCCCGGAGUCCAUCAGGCGAUGACCACUCUCGGAGAUUUGCCCGGCGGAGGUUUCCCACCCAGAACAACAACCGCAGCAGAAGCAACAGACUUGCCUCUCAGCGCGCAUUGAAGCCGCCGAUGAGCACGCAAGGAGUUGUGGGCGGCGGUAGCAUCCCCACGCAUCACAGAAGC